GUAAUGGAAUCGGAGUAUAUAAACCACUGAAUCUAUCAUCAGAGGCACAUUCUACAAUCUAUCAUGGCUCUCCACGCAUCAUUGGUGUUAGUCUCCGUUGUGUGCCUCAUAAGCUUUUCUGUGACGGGAGAAGAAAUAUCCAAACUUACAGAAGAGAAAACUGAGUCGUCUGAGUCGAAAUCUGAAGAUACUGAUGAAGUAGCUGCCAAAAGAGUAAUUUUCGGUGCGUUACACCCACUAAGCCAUGGUGGCGCUGGCGGCGGUUACGGUUCUGGUCACGGCGGAGGUGCCUCGGGGUUAGGAAUAGGCGUUGGUUUUGGUUUGGGUGGCGGAGGCGGCGCCGGAGGAAGUGGUGCAGGAGGAGUAGGAGCCGGAGGAAGUUAUGGCAUUGGUGGUGCAGGAGGAGGAGGAGGAGGAGCCGGAGGAAGUUAUGGCGUCGGUGGUGGAUCAGCCAGCAGUAACUACGGAACCGGUGUCGGCUACGGACAAGGAAGCGGUUCCGGUGGUGCUGGUUAUGGACAAGGCAGUGGUUUUGGCGGUUCUGGUUACGGACAAGGAAGUGGUUCCAGCGGUGCUGGUUUUGGACAAGGAAGCGGUUCCAGUGGUGCUGGUUAUGGACAAGGCAGCGGUUCCGGUGGUGCUGGUUAUGGACAAGGCAGCGGUUCCGGCGGUUCUGGCUAUGGACAAGGAAGUGGUUCCGGCGGUGUUGGUUUUGGACAAGGAAGCGGUUCCGGUGGUGCUGGUUAUGGACAAGGCAGCGGUUCCGGCGGUGUUGGUUUUGGACAAGGAAGCGGUUCUGGCGGUUUCGGUUAUGGACAAGGAAGCGGUUCCGGCGGUGCUGGUUAUGGACAAGGCAGUGGUUUCGGCGGUGCUGGUUACGGACAAGGAAGCGGUUCCAGCGGUGCUGGUUUUGGACAAGGAAGCGGUUAUGGCUCAGGAAGUGGCGCAAGCAGUAACACUGGUGGAUAUGGUAUUGGAUCUGGAGGAAGCGGUUUCGGAGCCAGUCAAGGAAGUGGAUUUGGCGGUGGAUCUGGAGGAGGUUACGGUGGUGGAUCCGGCUUUGGUGGCGGUGUUGGUCACGGGCACGGACAUGGCGGUGGAUUUGGACACGGUGGAGGUUAUGGUCACGGCGGUGGAUUCGGUCACGGUGCUGGAUUCGGCCACGGUGCUGGAUUCGGUCAUGGCGGUGGUUAUGGCGUUGGUGGUGGAUUCGGAGGUGGUCAUAGUAUUUUUGGUCUACACCACAAGCCUCAACUCAUCGGAGCCCUUGCACACGGCGGUGGUAUUGGAUUCGGCGGCGGUGCCGGCAGUGGUGCAGCAGCUAUUUAUGGCUAACGGCACGAGCCAUACUUAUAUUCCAACUCAAUGUGAUUAUUCAUCAUUUUAAUAUAACUAUCGUAUAAUAUAUAAAAUUAUUUAUUCGUAUAUAACUU